AUGAGGAUCUCUUUAUCUCUCUUUUCUGAAUCAGGAUUGCUGUGCUAUUGUGAGCGAUGUGUAAAUCGGACAUGCAACACAACUGGCCUGUGUUUUGCUGUCAUUGCAAAGUCUGCCGGACAAUUUGUGGCCCAGGAGAGUCAGUGCAUUCAGCUGGAUGAUCUAUACCCACGGGACAGGCCUUUCCAAUGCGCCCCCUCCAACAACGGCAAACAUCCGUUUUGCUGUGACACACACAUGUGCAACAAGAACCCAAAGGUCAACCCAGAGUUGCCUGAUGCUGAAAUUGACACUCUGAGUCCCAUAGCCUUGGCCGCGGUUAUUGCCAUCCCCAUCUGCGUGCUGAGCUUCAUGCUGGUGCUUCUCUUCUACAUGUGCCAUAAUCGCUUCACCAUCCACCAUCGUGUGCCAAGUGAGGAAGACCCCACUAAGGACCACCCGUUCCUUGCUGACGGCACCACACUGAAGGACCUCAUCUAUGACAUGACCACUUCUGGAUCAGGCUCAGGUUUGCCACUGCUAGUGCAGAGGACCAUUGCCAGGACCAUCAUCCUCCAGGAGAGCAUAGGGAAGGGCCGUUUUGGAGAGGUGUGGAGGGGCCGUUGGCGUGGAGAGGAGGUGGCAGUGAAGAUCUUCUCCUCCAGAGAGGAGCGCUCUUGGUUCCGUGAGGCGGAAAUCUACCAGACUGUCAUGCUUCGUCAUGAGAACAUCCUGGGCUUCAUUGCUGCAGACAACAAAGAUAACGGCACGUGGACUCAGCUCUGGCUGGUUUCUGAUUACCAUGAGCACGGCUCGCUCUUUGACUACCUGAACAGGUACACGGUCACAGUAGAGGGCAUGAUCAAGCUGUCUCUCUCCACCGCCAGUGGUCUGGUUCAUCUACAUAUGGAGAUUGUAGGCACUCAGGGUAAGCCUGCAAUAGCCCAUCGUGAUCUGAAAUCCAAAAACAUCUUAGUGAAGAAGAAUGGUACCUGCUGCAUUGCUGACCUUGGAAUGGCUGUGCGCCACGACUCAGCCACAGACACAAUUGAUAUUGCACCCAACCAUAGAGUGGGCACUAAAAGGUAUAUGGCCCCUGAGGUGCUGGAUGACACUAUUAACAUGAAGCACUUCGAGUCUUUUAAAAGGGCAGACAUCUAUGCCUUGGGUCUGGUGUUUUGGGAAAUUGCUCGCAGGUGUUCAAUUGGAGGCAUCCAUGAGGACUACCAGCUGCCCUACUAUGACCUUGUACCAUCUGAUCCAUCAAUAGAGGACAUGAAGCAGGUAGUGUGUGACCAAAAGCUUCGUGCCAACAUCCCUAACAGGUGGCAGAGCUGCGAGGCCCUGCGUGUGAUGGCAAAGAUCAUGAGGGAAUGCUGGUAUGCCAACGGAGGAGCUCGCCUCACGGCGCUCCGUGUGAAAAAGUCUCUAUCCCAGCUCAGUCAACAAGAAGGAAUCAAGAUCUAAAGCACAACUCUCAUCAUCUUUACACUGCCUGUCCUCUCCCUCCACGCAUCUAGAGAGGACAGCGCGUGACCUACAUCCGGUCUGGAGGUUUACUUCAAUCAGGAAUAUCGAGGGACCAGAAAGGAUUGGUGCUGUUUCACUGUUGUAAGACCAUGAACAGAUACCUCCUCAUCAUGCAAGAGCACCUCAGAUAAACUUUACCAGCCAUGCUUCAUCUGGUGAGUCACCAAACAACAACCACAGAUGGCCAUUCGGUGUCAUUGAUGUGCUUUUCAAACUGGACUUGAGCCUUUUGGACUUGUUUCUGUAUAUAGCCUGUUGUCUGUAGAUGUACAUAUCUGAUUUGCUUGUAUGCUCGUAUAUUCACGUCUAGAUUAACACAGAAACAAAUACUGUACAUAAUGACACGCUGCAGUGUUUGUCCCAGGAAGUGCCACUGCUCUGAAUCAGUCCUGUUUACCAUAUUUGGUAAAAAAAAAAAAAAAAAAAAGGUAUCUUUGUAGGUGCAAAGUCACUACGUCUCUUUACAACCGACAUUGGAUUUACACCAAGCACUUGUUUGCAAACAGCUCAUCAGUUGAAGAAAACACUGAAAGUAAAAAAUGCUGAUUGCUGUCGCAGCAACUCCAAAGAGUCACCUGAUUAUGUGGAAGUGGUUUCAUAAUGUGGAUUGUGCCUUCACUGUACUCUCUUUCCAGAGACCAAGAGCGAGCCUGAAGGGACCAGCCAGAAAACUGGGUUAGUCAUCAAAAGCCAUUUGUACAAAGGCCGCCUUAGCUACAGCACAUCUAUGUAACUGUAAUAAGAAUGUGUAUGAUUUAAUGCACAUUUGAAUGGACGGUGCUUGGUUGCAAUUCGAUUAUAUUUUUCUGUAGCAUUUACAGUUUUCAUUCAUGCACGUUCAGGGUUAGUUAACCCAAAAAUGUCAAUGAUUGCUUACCCUCAUAAGACCCAUAACACCUUCGUUCCUCUUCAGAUCACAAAUUAAGACAUUUUAGAUGAAAACCAAGAGCUUUCUGUACAUGCAUAGACAGCAAGGGUCCUGCCACAAUCAAGGCACGUAAGGACAUCGUUGGACAUGUGGUUCCACUAGUGGUUCCAUAAUUUCAUAAAGAAUAUUUCUGUGUGCAAAGAAAACAAAUGAUGACUUUAUUCAAGGAUUUCUUCUCUUCUGGGACAGUCUUCUACCAUUAUCGACACAUGCGCAUUGUUUACCUCUGCUUAUGAACAAGGUGAGGUGCGCGUCAGCAGCAACACGUGCAUGCGUCGAUAAUGGCGGAGGACUGUCCCGACUGAUGUCACGUGAACCGUUUUAACAAUGUCCUUACUGCAUUUCUGUGGUUUAAUCGUGGUAGGACCCUUGCUGUCAGGGUCAGAGAGCUCUCAGAUUUCAUCAAAAAUAUCUUAAUUUGUGUUCUGAAGAUGAACAAAGCAUAAGGAGUAAUUAUUGACCGAAUCUUUCGGUGAACUAUCUCUUUAAGAAAACAUGGAUAUAUGUAGCUCAGAAAGACACUAACUAUGACCUAUCUAAUGUAUUUAGCUCUGUGUAUAUAACCUGUACAUGUUCCUCUGGUUGACUUAUCCAGUUUUGCUGUAAAUGCUGUUUUUAUGGAGCCGGAUUCAUUCAGAUCACCAUAUUGAUUGUGUCCUCCUGCAUAUAGUUAAGCACUAGUCUUUGAGCCGCGUGAAUCUCGUGGAUGUAUCAUGUAACUCUGUGUGUCUGUAUUUGGUCAAGCUAAGCAAUAAGUGCUCCUUUAAUUAUUAUUAUUUUUUUUUUCAUUGCUGGAAGGUACGAGUGCUAAAAGUCAAUGAAUGUGAUCUCAAAACUUUUUAGACAGUCAGUAGACAUUUGAAAGAAAUCUGUUAUUAUUUGGACAGCCAGAUAUAAAACCGAAAAACAUCUUCUGGGGUGUUUUUAACAGUCCAGUCAGGAGGAAAUCUCUGUGUACCAAAGACACUGUUUGAAGAUGAGGAUCUGAAGAUGUUAACCAGGCUACUUUAAAGGGAUCCUUCACCCAGAAAUGAAAAUUGUCAUCAAUUACUCACCCUCAUGUAAUUUCAAACUAAUAAGAUGUAAAUACUUAAAGACUAAAAAUAAGACAUAUUACGAUCUUUUUAAUGAAAUCUGAGAGAUUCCAGUGCCUCCUUUGAAAGUCCAUGAAACCAAAAGUUGAAAGGGUUAAUGACCAGAGUUAAAAGAAAUGCAUUGUGUUGUUCUUCAUAUUUUGAAGACAUGAAUUAUGAGCAUUUUUUACAAAGUCAUUGAGCUUUGUGAAGUGUCAUAGUUGCAGCAAAAUGGACUAAAUAGAAUUUAGUUUUAAUAAACAUAUCCUUAUUUGUGUCAAAGAUGAAUAAUUGAUGACAGAUUUUUUUCAUAACUCCCCAUCACUCUGGAUUUCUGUUAAAAACACAAUGCCAACAACCACCAGCAGCCUUCAGAACAUUAGUCAAAGAAUGAAACAAAUGUCUAGAUAUUCACAACCUCACCAGCUCAGACAUUUUCUAAAGAAUCAGUUUUCUUAGUGUUUUGUUGUUGUUGUUGUUGUUUGUGGUCAUUUACUUCAACUAAAGAGUCAGUUUACACAUUUUAUAUACAGCGAGUGAAAUAAGUAUUAAACACAUCACCAUUUUUCUCAGUAAAUAUAUUUCUAAAAGUACUGUUGACAUGAAAGAUGUUGGUAACAAUCCAAGUAAUUCAUCCAUACAAAGGAAGCAAAGCAUAUAAAUUCAGAAAUUAAGUUCUGUGUAAUGACCCAGGGGGAAAGUAAUGAGCGCAUGGAGAAAGGGAGGUGCAAAAUGCAUCGAAAGCCAAAAAACCAGCAGAAAUCUACAGUAUCAGUAAUUAGAAAGCAAUUUCCAUUCAGUAUUUUCAAUUUGAGCUUAAAAGGGGGUCACACUACAAUAGCACCAAACUGUUCUGCCACCCACAGUGGCAUGAACUCGAUGAAUGAACGAGUUCCUGCUCAGAUAGGCAGGAAAUGAUGUGGGAUGCAGCCAGGAACACUUACACUAUGAUAUGCAAUCUCACUGUGUUCUCCAGUGCAUGAUGCGAAACAAGUGCCUCGGUUUUAUAAAGAUUUCUGCAAAGUCACAAAUGAUUGGUGUUUCCAGUCCCCGAAAACCAGAAUGAAUCUGUAUUUGCAACUAUCUUCUGCAUUUUAAACGUCAUACCUUUGUUCUUCUUUGUUCAUUCCAGGGUUAUGGUUCAUCAGCAGACAAAUUUUGUUAUUCACAGUCCGUUCCUUUGUGUUUUAGUCAUUCCAGACAGUCAUUCUAGCCUUUUUAUAUCGAGUCCCUACUCUGUGGUUGGUGUAAAUGCAGUGUGGGAUUUUGAUGACAUUGAAGCUUCUAACAAGAGCUGGAACAUCAUUUAAAAAAAAAAAACAGUGCAAAACAAAAAAAAAACUCAUGUCAGAGCAUACCUCUUUGGACAAAUAUGAUCAUUUACCUCAGUGUACAUAAGGGUUUGUUCAUUUAGACGCGACGUUGAUUUGUAAAAAGUGCUUGCAAUGAGAAAUGUUUGUAUGUUUUAUUUGUUUCAUUGAAGAAAUUGCAGAUGAUGAUCAUAUUCCAGUGCUCUAACUAAUGUUUGAAACGCUUGGCAAUCUCUGUAAAUGCGAAAGAUGUUUGAGUCUUAUGUUAUCAUUUAGAGUGGAGCGUUCGCCGGACUGAUCGAGGAAGUGUCCGAUAAAUCACUGAUAAUGGAUGAAGAGAUGAACGCUCAAAUGGUACUGAAAAUCUCUUUCUGUUUUUCAGUGUUAAACUUGUACAUUUGAAAUUCAUAAAUAGGUACUUAUUUUA